AUGCCUAAAUCUGUAAUCAUUAGAAACAGUGUUAUUAUUUUAUUUUUACUUUCGGAGUUAGUCUUCAAAUUCGUAUUGCUGAAAAUUCUGGUUGAUGUAGGAUCUGAUGAAGGAUUAUAUGCUUGGGUUGUUGCAAACCACGCACUUGGGACUCUGGGUGGUGAUCCAAUGCAGACAACUGGGAUAAUUGAACUUGGUGGAGCUUCUGCUCAGGUGACAUUUGUUUCAAGUGAGCCGGUGCCUCCCGAGUUCUCUCGUGCUGUUAAAUUUGGAAAUGUCACUUACAAUCUCUACAAUCACAGCUUUCUUCAUUUCGGCCAGAAUGUUGCGUAUGAUUCAUUGAAAGAGGGUAUUGUUUCAGGAGACUUCGACUCAGGUAAAGAUACAAGCUUUGCUUUCUUCACUGAUUAUAUGAAUGCCAUGAACCUUGAGUUAUGAUUCAUUGAAAAAGGG